UUCACCCUACCAAGAAAGAUGAUAAGCUGGGGCGACAUUUACAAGGUGGUGGUGGCCAUGGCGCCGCUGUACGUCGCUCUGGGUCUCGGGUACGGUUCGGUGCGGUGGUGGCGCAUCAUCACGCCGGAGCAGUGCGAGGCCAUCAACCGCCUCGUCUCCUGCAUCACCCUCCCUCUGUUCACCUUCGAGUUCACGCUCCACGUCGACCCCUUCGCCAUGAACUACCGUUUCAUCGCCGCCGACGCCGUCUCCAAGGUCACCAUCGCCGUGCUGUUAGCCGCGUGGCCCAAGUGCAGCAGCAAGGGCAGCUACUGCUGGUCCGUCACCAGCUUCUCCCUUUCCACCCUCACCAAUUCCUUGGUGGUGGGCGUGCCGCUGGUGAGCGCCAUGUACGGGCGGUGGGCGCAGGACCUGGUGGUGCAGCUCUCGGUGGUACAGGCCAUCGUGUGGCUCACGCUGUUGUUGUUCGUGUUCGAACUCCGCAAGGCGGGGUGCGGGCUGUUCUCGAUGGCAGCAGCUCCCUCCUCCGCCGGUGGCGAGCUCGCGUCUGUCGAAUCACCGCCGCUCAAGGACGUCGACGGCGGCGGCCCCGAGGUCACACCACGACCUUCCUUCUGGUCGCUGAUGAAGACGGUGUGGCUCAAGCUUGCUCUCAAUCCCAACUCAUACGCGAGCAUCGUCGGCAUCACCUGGGCCUUCAUCGCAAGCAGGUGGCAUUUCGAGAUGCCAAGCAUCAUGGAGGGUUCAGUUCUGAUCAUGUCCAAGGCAGGGACUGGAAUGGCCAUGUUCAGCAUGGGGCUGUUCAUGGCUCUGCAAGAGAAGAUACUCGCCUGUGGACCGAGCCUGACCGCAUUUGGGAUGGUCUUGAAGUUUAUCGCAGGCCCGGCAGCCACGGCCAUCGGAGCCAUCGCCGUCGGACUUCGUGGGGACGUCCUGCAUCUGGCAAUCAUACAGGCUGCACUGCCUCAGUCCAUCACCUCUUUCAUCUUCGCAAGAGAAUACGGAUUGCAUGCUGAUGUGCUAAGCACUGCGGUAAUUUUUGGGAUGCUGGUUUCUUUGCCUGUGCUUGUGGCAUACUAUGUGGUUCUGGGUUUCAUGAGCUAACCCCAAACUCUUAACCCUUGUUCUGUUUUUGCCCUCCUGGAAAAUUCUUCUUUCCUCCUGAAUGUGUGUUUCUCGGCAAUCCCUGUGUUGGUGAAUUCUAUGAUGAGUCAAGGCUGAAUAUAAUUCUACAACAAGCUUGGUUUUCUUGUAUUUGUGAUCAUUUAGAAACAUGAUGCAGAAGAUGAGAAAAGAAAAAGGAAAAUGGAAUUUGUAAAGACAGACCAAUUUUGUGGUUUUUUAUUUUCCCAAUU